GAAAUAACAGAGAGAGAAAAAUGAAUCCCGGAAAGUGCGAGACCACCGGGGCUUUAGCGCCGCUUCUUCCCCGGUCGAAUCCGAUCGACAAAGGUUCUGAAGACGGCGGCGGUGGUGGCGGCGGCGCUUCGAUUUCAGGGGCCGUCUUCAACGUGUCGACAAGCAUGAUUGGCGCCGGGAUCAUGUCGAUUCCAGCCACCCUUAAAGUUCUGGGUAUACUUCCGGGCUUCUUCCUCAUCUUGCUCGUCGCUUUAUCGGUCGAUGUAACUGUAGAGUUUCUCCUGCGCUACACCGGUUCGGCUGAUUCCUCCACCACCACCUAUGGCGGCGUCAUGGCCGAGUCUUUCGGGAAAACCGGCUCAGUCGCGCUACAGAUCUGUGUUGUUGUUACAAACAUCGGCGCUAUGAUCAUUUACAUGAUCAUAAUUGGGGAUGUUUUAUCUGGAAAUCAAUCGGAAGGAACAUUUCAUUUGGGGAUUCUACAGGAGUGGUUUGGAAUUCAAUGGUGGAAUUCACGGGUUUUCUCUCUGCUUUUCAUCACUCUUUUCGUAAUGCUUCCAUUACUCCUAUUGCGAAACAUAGAUUCAUUAAGACAUGCUUCUGCAAUAUCAAUUCUACUGGCAGUAGUGUUUGUUGUUAUUUGCUCCACGCUGGCGAUCUUCUCCAUCGUUGAUGGGAGAAGCCAAAAUGUGAGGCUGCUGCCUGACUUUUCCAGCGGCCUAUCUGUUUUCGAUCUGUUCACAACCAUCCCUGUUUAUGCAACCGCGUUUGGAUGCCAUGUAAGCGUUCAUCCUGUUCGGGCGGAGCUUAGUAGGGCUUCUGAUAUGAAACCAGCGGUGAGAUUAUCAUUGUUACUCUGUGUGGCGGUGUAUUCCGCGAUUGGGUUCUUCGGCUAUUUACUAUUUGGAGAAUCUAUCAUGACUGAUCUACUCGUGAACUUCGACCAGAGCUAUAAUUCAGCAAUGGGUUCAGUCAUUAACGACGUGGUUAGGCUGAGUUAUGCAGUUCAUCUAAUGAUGGUUUUCCCAGUCAUUAACUACACGUUGAGGGCUAAUCUAGACGAGCUUCUCUUCCCCAAUAAGCAUCUGUUGGCGAACGAUAGCGUUAGAUUCGUGGGAAUGACUUGCGUUCUCCUAUCGUUAGUUUAUUUGGCCGCGAUUGCCAUUCCGGACAUAUGGUACUUUUUUCAGUUUAUGGGAACCACAACUGUCAUGUGUAUCAUGUUCUUGUUCCCCUGUGCCAUCAUUUUAAGAGAUAAACAUGGUAUUGCUGGAAGAGGAGAUAAGGUAAUGGCUUCAGUGGUUGUGAUUCUGGCAGUUGGGACUAGCCUGAUUGCUAUUUCUUCUAAUGUAUAUAAUUUCAUGAGCAAUAAUAAAUAAUUCAACAAUAUUGAGGGAUUUUGUAUUAUUGCUCACUUAUUAAUAGUGAGUAAAUUGAUUCU